AAUCUCAAAAAUGGCGGGAGUUAUCUUGGCGCCACACGGUUUCCUAGGGCAAAAUCGCCCUGCAUAUUCACCGCCAUUUUCUAUUUCUUCUCAAUCGUCACAUUCCCAUUCUAAUUCUCAACUACACGCACUAACUGUUUCAGCGAUGGCCGGAAAUCUCAGCUCUUCAUCUCCAGACAAUAAGGCUUCCGCGCCUUCGAAGUUCGUCAGCGGUGCUCCUCAUUUCCUCGUCAAGAAGCUCUCUGAGAAUGCGGUGCUGCCCUCUCGAGGCUCCCCUCUAUCCGCCGGCUACGAUCUCUCCAGUGCUGCCGAGACUAAAGUUCCGGCGAGAGGCAAGGCUUUGAUCCCCACUGAUCUCAGCAUCGCCGUUCCUGAAGGAACCUAUGCUCGCAUUGCGCCGCGGUCAGGACUGGCAUGGAAGCAUUCGAUUGAUGUAGGGGCGGGGGUGAUUGAUGCGGAUUACAGAGGAGCAGUUGGGGUGAUACUGUUCAACCAUUCCGAUGUCGAUUUCGAAGUUAAGGUUGGUGACAGAAUUGCACAGCUUAUCAUUCAAAAUAUCGUGACGCCGGAGGUGGAAGAAGUCGACGAUCUGGACUCCACAGUGAGAGGCUCCGGUGGCUUUGGGUCCACUGGAGUUUGAGAAUUUCCCCAAUUGCACCUGCAGUUAUUACUAGCGCUAUUUUGUGAUCAUUGCUUGCAAUUACCCCAUUCUCUAGAAAAAAUUUAUGUUUCUAAUCAGAGUAUCCUGUGUUUAGAAAGUUUCUUUUAUCAUGUAUAUCGGUAUCUUUGAUUACCAUGUUUUGGGCCAUUGAUAUCUCACAAGAUAUGCCAACAAAAUUUGAACUUUUGUUCUUCUAAGAUAGUUGUGUUUUGCAAAUCUUGUCCAAUUUUAGGGUGUUAUGGAGUAUAAAUGUAUUCUCUAAUUGUUUUAA